AUGGCUUGCUUGCAUGUUAAUUCUGAUGAUUUAAAGCAGCCAUCUGCAUCCCAAGCAGUCUACAGGGAAGAUUGUACCCAGUGCUUCGAUUCUAUUGACGAUGAUUCCGGGCUCAACGUUUGUUUAACUUGCUUCAAUGGUGGCUGUACGGGAGACAGGGACCAUGCCCUUCUUCAUUUUCAACGGUUUGGCCAUCCUUUGGCUCUCAACAUCAAGAGGUCUCGGAAACCAGUCCGAAGGGAUGAACCCCCACAAAAAAUAUCCAAACUUGCAAUAGUUGCAGAAACAGAAGAUGAUCACUAUGACACACACACGCGCGUUGUGUGUUACAAAUGUUGUCAGGAUAAUGUCGAUGUUUCUAGUGGCAAACUUCCGGCUGUGGUUGACGGUGUCCUGAAUGCAAUCACGUACUCAAGGAAAGAGGAGGUCAAGGCUUGGGAGCAAGAAUUUGUCCCGUGUGAGCACACACUAUGCUUAGGUCAGGAAGAAGCCCGGGAAAUCAGGUCAAAAGACCUCAACGGUUGCUCGUUAUGUGAUCUCAAGGAGAACCUGUGGCUUUGUUUGGAGUGUGGCAAUCUUGGCUGCGGGCGCAGUCAGUUUGGAGGUGUGGGAGGAAAUUCUCACGCACUUACCCAUUCCGAAUUAACUUCACACGCAGUUGCUGUCAAGCUUGGCUCCAUAACCGCAGAUGGCACCGCUGAUGUCUUCUGCUAUAAAUGCAAUGAAGAGAGAGUCGACCCUAACCUCGCUGACCAUCUUGCUCAUUGGGGCAUUAAUCUGGCAGGCCGCGAGAAAACAGAAAAAAGCCUGACGGAAAUGCAAAUUGAACAAAAUAUGAAAUGGCAGUUUACAAUGACGUCUGAAGAUGGGCAAGAGCUCACCCCGAUUUUUGGCCCUGGUUUGACGGGUCUCAGGAACCUGGGAAACAGCUGUUACCUUUCAAGCGUGAUUCAGUGUCUAUUUGAUCUUCCCCAAUUUCAGAACAGGUAUUACCAUCCCACCCAGGAGCCGCCUUUUUCUCAACAUCCGGCGGAAGAUCUGGAGAGCCAAUUGCGAAAACUCGCAGAUGGCAUCCUUUCCGGUCGUUAUUCUCGACCCGAUCCAGAUGCCAAUGCCACUGCGGACUCUUCAGAGACUCCCAAUCAAAAAGGCUUGGUUCCAUCGAUGUUCAAGCAUCUCGUUGGUCGUGGGCAUGAGGAAUUUUCCACAAUGAGACAGCAAGAUGCAUUCGAAUUUCUUCUGCACCUCUUCAAGCUGGUAAACCAUAGCAGGUCCCUUGAAGGACUGGACAACCCUGUUGAAUCCUUCACUUUCGCCGUCGAACAGCGACUCCAGUGCUUGAAUUGCAGCAAAGUUCGAUAUAGAGUCGAUGAGCAGGACAACCUUUCCAUCCCUGUUCCUGUGCGCCGCUUCUCUACAGAAAGUGGUCCCGAAACAAACGAUCAGUUCCAGCCUGUGACCUUCAAUGAUUGUUUAGAUGCCUCCACUGCCGAUGAAGUGGUUGAACUCAGCUGUCCCUCAUGCUCUAGCAAGUCGGGAUUCUCCAAGCGUUCGUCAUUCAAGACAUUGCCUCGGAAUCUAGUUGUCAAUGCGAGGCGCUUUGAGUUGAUCAACUGGGUGCCUACGAAGUUAGAUAUUCCUGUGGAAAUUGGGGACGAACCGUUGGAUCUAGGUGGUUAUAUUUCCUCCGGCCAGAAGGAAGACGAAGAGUUACUCCCAGAUGUGGAGAACACUGAAUCGGUUUUCGCUCCUAACGAGGAAGUCCUGUGUCAGCUUCUCACCAUGGGAUUUCCGCAACCAAGAUGCGUGAAGGCACUUCAAGCCACUGGAAACUCGGACCUCGAAGCUGCAAUGAAUUGGAUUUUUGCUCAUAUGGACGACGCUGGCAUUGAUGAUCCACCUGCGACCGAAAGUGCCGGGGAAUGUGGUGAAGAGCUGCAGCAAGACUCAGCAAAAGUCUCACAAUUGGGUGAAAUGGGCAUUAAUGAGCAACAUGCUAAGAAAGCGUUAGCUGCUACAAGCGGCGAUAUCAAUAGAGCAAUUGACUGGGUGUUCAGCCAUCCGGAAGAAAUGACUGAGGUUGGAUCUGCGAAUCAUGAAUCUGAUGCACAUCAGCACAACAGUCACAGGCCCCUCAAAGGCUUCUCUACUACUCCGGCAAGAUAUCAACUCCGGUCAAUUAUUUGUCACAAAGGCUCUUCUGUGCACGCUGGGCAUUAUGUUGCUUUUGUGCGUAAAACCCUCCCUGGGCAGGAUCAGCCUACUUGGGUAAUGUUCAAUGACGAGAAAGUCGUGGCGGUCGAGGACAUACAAGAGAUGAAGAAGUUCGCUUAUUUAUACUUCCUUGUGAGGGUGGAAUGA